CUCCGAGCUGUGUGCCGUCCGCGGCAUUCGCCUUUGCCUUCGAGCGGUACGUGCAUGACCAAACAGGGAAGCGGCCGUCCAUGUGACUCGCGAGAGUGUGGGUGGAACGAGCGCGAGCGUAUCAAUGUGUGUGGAGGCACCUUUGCGAGCGCGAAUCCAAACAAAUGAAGCGAACAACACUUGCAGCCGAGGGAGGCUCGAAUGUGGGUCGAAGAAAGGGUGAAACGCGAAUGGAGAUGUCGCGACACUCAAAGCCGAUGUCACAGCAGUCUCAACCUCGAUUUUACUCCGCUUUUAACACCGUUGAAAAUGGAUUUGGAGGAAUUUUGUGGGUUUCUGGUCACGAGGCGUGCUCGGAGACGACGCUUCAUCACUGAUUUAUUAGCAAGGGCAGUUGGGAGUGUAUAAAAGACGGCGCAGAGCCGGACGAAUCAAUACCCACGACGAUAGUUCAGCUUCAAAGAUGAUCAGGUUCCUGGCACUGACGAGCUUUUUCGCAGCGAUCGCGCUAGGACGAACUUCAGCUUCCGGGGCCAUCGACUACUCCAAGUUCCCAGAACGCAGCGGCAAGAUCGUUCGUGGCGAAGAGACAACGGUCGAGUCCGUUCCCUGGCAAGUGAGCCUCGGACUUUACAUUGCGUCGAGUUACGAGCACAUUUGCGGAGGCAGCAUCGUCUCGGAGUUCUGGAUCCUGACUGCCGCCCAUUGCAUCCUUUUACCGGACAAAAGUCGCAGGGGAAUAACCAACGUCGUAUCGGGAGCGACGCGCUACAAAACCGACGGGACGCUCCACGACAUCGACCUUGAGAUCCCGCACCCGGAGUACGCCUUCCUCCACGACGCCCGCGUCUCCUUCAACGACAUCGGACUCGUCCACGUCCUCCAGAAAUUCGAGUUUGGAGCAACGCGGCAACCGGUGCGAUUGCACGACGCAGACUCCGGGAGCAUCGAAGGGAUGCUGGCUAGGGCCAGUGGCUGGGGCUUCACCGAAAAAUUGCCUAAACAGAGCUCCGAGAGCCUGAGGGCCGUCCAACUUUCCAUCGUUAAAAAAUGGCAGUGCGACAUUUAUUUGUCUUCAGAAUUGAAUCGCGACAUGUACGGUGCCGGCCAAAUCUGCGCUUAUGGGGACGGCCGCAGGUCCAGCUGCAACGGCGACUCCGGAGGACCAGUCACCGUCGGUUCGACCCUCGUUGGAAUCCUCUCUUGGGUCCCUUCGUUAAAAACUUGCGCUUUUUUUGGCAAACCUCUCGGCGUAACCGAAGUCGCUCAUUAUCGUCAAUGGAUUUGGCGGACCAUUCAUGUUUGAUGAACAACCUUUUUCUGGUGUCCCUCGAACUCACUUGACGACUGGAGCGACUUCGGAGCUCUGUUUUAAUAAUCCUGCGGAAUACCACGGCAAUGAGAAAUCGAAUAAAUAUUUUGGAGACUCAUUAAAGGCUUUGAAAAAAGACUCGUGCUUUCUGUUAUUUGCGCAUCCCUCCGAGCGUCAAAAGUUGGCAGCUAAAUUAUUUAUAGGAUCCCAACGACGUCAUGGAAUUCUCGAUGAUGCAAAUCGUGAGCUUGACAGAAUCGUAGAUUUCUUAUUCAACUUAAAAAAUUUAACGCAGCGAGCUAGUUCAACUGCUUCAGGUUUAAGUUUAUGAUGAAUUUUUCAUUUGGAGCGACGGUAUUUUUAAUUCGAGAAUAUUAUAAGAACAGCUGGAACGAAAAUCACAAAGACUUUGAUUGUACCGUUUGGCUGCAACGUGCAAAAGAAAAUUAAUGAACGAAGUUUGUUUCUCUCUUCCGGCGGACACAGCUUCAAACCCGGCACCGUCGCAUCGAUCAACGCACAGUGCGACUUAUACAGCUUGCCCUCGAGCUUGAGCAGAGCAACCAACAGUCAAAAACUGAAACCACAUUGCUGCGGUCAAA